AUGGAUUGGAAAAAGGCCAAGCUGCAAGGGUUGACUAUCAAGUUGAACUUUGAGAAAGCCUUUGAUUCAGUAAAUUGGGAAUUCAUGUUCUCUAUGAUGUCUAGCUUUGGUUUUGGGUCUAAAUGGGUCUCUUGGAUGAAAGCUUUGGGUGAAGGGCUCAAUAUUCUCCUUACCAGAGCACUUAAUCUUGGCAUUCUCAAAGGAGUUUUGGUUGGGGCUAAUGAGGUACUUAUAUCUCAUCUUCAAUUUGCUGACGACACUAUUCUCUUAUGUGAAUCAGAUAUGGCUCAGGUGGUAAUUAUCAAAAGUAUUCUUAGAUGCUUUGAAGUUUUAUCCGAGCUCAGAAUCAAUUACCACAAAAGUGUUGUAUGCAGCGUUGGUGUGGAUGAUGAGUCACUGCAUACUUUUGCAAACCUCUUGAAUAUCAAGAUCAAGAUUAUUAGGUUGAUGGGGAAAAUGCUGUCCUUAGCAGGAAGAUUAACUUUGAUCAAGUCUGUCCUAUCAAGUCUACCUGUGUACUAUAUUUCUCUCUUUAAGAUGCCUGAAGGUGUGGCUCAUGAAUUUCAGAAAAUUAAGGCUGCUUUCUUGUGGAAUGGUAAUGACCUAAAAAGAAAAGUUCAUUUGGUGAAAUGGUUAGAGGUGACAAAGAGUGUUGCCUAA